AUGGAAGGCAGAGAUGUUGUAGGGAGUAUUUCAACCCCCCCGAGUUCUGGUAACGAGCAUCAAUCAGCCAAAAUUUCGCGUUUUGUGGGGGUGUCAGAGCACGACUCAUCAGCGGUGAAGGAGCUGGCUAAUCAAAGUGAUAAGAUGACAGAUGAUAUGGAACCUUCAAGGAAGAGACCCAAGUUGGAGCUCACGGAUAUCAAUGCUCCAAAUAAGGUUGCAGUAGCGGAAAACGGUACCACGGUAGCGGGAACUACUUCGGAACUCUUUACUGACGGUGACGACGAUAUUGAAGAGAAAGGCCGAAUCCCUCACACAGGUGAAUUAGUUUCGUCCUUGAAUAAUGGCGAUGGCGAUGUAGAUUCUAUCGAACUACCGGCUAGUAGCACUGGAAAAAAUGAUAUUCUGGCUCCGAUCGUACCUUCAAGUACCGUUUCUAUAGGUAAAGAUCCGACGACGGGAAAAUACGUAUUACCACAGAUAACAAAAGAGGACUCUAUAAAUGCGCGAAUGUAUCUGAAAUACUAUGGACUCAGAACAUUUUUGGACACUUACCUACCGGAGGAGUUGAAUUCUUUAUAUAUCUAUUUUCUGAUCAAGCUUUUGGGCUUUGAAAUCAAGGACCGUGAAAUGAUGAACGUAAUUUAUAAAUAUGUGCAACCUACGUGGUCAAUGAAUGGGACUAGUGGUGAAAACAUAGAAUAUUCCAAGGUAACUUUUGAUGACCCUUUGGAGAAAAAACAUGCAGUACGUUUGAUUAAAGAUUUACAAAAGGCGAUCAACAAGGUACUCUGCACAAGGUUGAGACUUGCAAAAUUUUCGACCAUUGAUACAUUUGUUGAAAAACUGAAAACUGCUAAACGAAUUGUUGUAUUAACAGGUGCAGGUGUUUCGACGUCGCUGGGUAUACCAGAUUUCAGAUCAUCUGAAGGUUUUUAUUCUAAAAUUCGACAUUUGGGUCUUGACGACCCACAAGAUGUCUUCAAUUAUGAUAUUUUCAUGCAAGACCCUUCUGUUUUUUAUAAUAUAGCUCAUAUGGUUUUACCACCUGAAAACCUGUACUCACCGUUGCAUAGCUUUAUCAAAAUGCUACAAGAUAAAGGAAAGUUAUUGAGAAAUUAUACACAAAAUAUUGACAACCUGGAAUCUUACGCAGGAAUCAAACCAGAAAAAUUAGUUCAAUGUCAUGGUUCAUUUGCUACUGCAUCAUGUAUUACUUGCCAUUGGAAAUUACCGGGAGAGAAGAUUUUUGCGAAUAUUAGAAACUUAGAAUUGCCACUAUGCCCGUAUUGCUAUCAAAAGAGAAGGGAGUAUUUUCCAAGCACGGAUGGUUUAGAUAGUGAGACUGCCAAUAUCGGGCAUGGUAAUAUGCCACAUCAUGCUCUGAAAUCAUAUGGUGUAUUGAAACCAGAUAUAACAUUUUUUGGAGAAGCUUUGCCCUCAAAAUUCCAUAAAACCAUUCGAGAGGAUGUUCUGAAGUGUGAUCUGCUAAUCUGUAUUGGAACAAGUUUGAAGGUGGCCCCAGUUUCUGAAAUUGUCAAUAUGUUACCUGCUCAUGUACCCCAAGUUCUAAUAAACAGAGACCCUGUGAAGCACGCAGAAUUCGAUUUAAAUCUUUUGGGAUUUUGCGAUGAUGUCGCUGCAUUAGUGGCUCAGAAAUGUGGAUGGGAUAUACCACAUGAAAAGUGGGACACAUUAAAGCAAAAAAAGUUCUCUUGCAAAGAAACUGAUAAAGGUGUGCUGAAUAUAACUCCUGAUGCCUCCUAA